AUGGCGAAGAGCAGGGCUUGCAAUUUGGAACCAAGAAUUGUGCGUUUUAACCUAAACCAACCGGCUAUGGUUCUUACGAAUUCAGAUGAAGAACCCAAAGAAGAAGAAGAUACACAGCAAAAACAGGCUGAGUCAUGUACAAUUUCAGAAGAUAUACAGCAAAAAGAAGCUCAUCGGACAUGUACAAUUUCAGAUGAUGAAGAUGCAGACUUCCAAAUGGCUCUUCUUUGCUCAACAAUCCUCAAUUCAAGAUCAAGAGCAAGUAUUCAAGGCCCUGAAAUUCAAGAUGAGAAGAAGAAAGGUGUAAUGAGGCCUUGUUCAAUCACUUAUGGAGAUUUCGGAACUUCUUCGUGGAAGACUGAGGAGAGAGGUGAAUGUUCUCACACACUUUGUGAUAUUUGCAAGGAUGUGAAGCCGACUGGAGGGAUAAUGAUCCGAAGCACCAGGUGUAGUCACGCCUAUUGCAGAGACUGUUUAGGGUUUUAUAUUGGUGAGAAGAUUCAAGAAAGCAUUGGAGGUGUCAAGUGCCCGGUGAAAAAGUGUAAAAAUCUCUAUCAGGCCGGGCAUUGUCGCUCCUUCAUCCCGGAAGAAGUGUUCGAUCGAUGGAAGAGUGCUGCUGUGGAGGCCGCAGUUCUCGGGUCACCGGAGUACAUUCUGUGCCCUUUCGACGACUGUUGGGUGGUGUUUGGGGAUGACGGGAAGGGGUUCGUGAUCAGGGCGUGCCCCAAGUGCUGGAGGCUGUUUUGUGUGUGGUGCAAUGUCCCAUGGCAUGCAUGGGUGCCUUGUUGGUUUGUCAGGCUUAGGAUGAUGACAUGUCACAACAACCCAAAACCCUGGAGGGUGAAGGAAUGA